CUGAAGAAGCCUGAGGCAAUUGAAGCAUUUUUGAUUCAUUUGAUUGAAGAAGAUUUCGUUGAAACCCUCUGCCGUUCCAUGGAAACAUGGGAUUUCAAAUUGAUGAGGUUAAUUUACUCUAUUUUCUUCAACAUUUUCGGAACGGAAAGGUUCUUUGAAGAUUACUCGAGAGUUGUGGUGGUUCUUGAUUCACUUAUGAGGAACAUUCACAGUUUCAUCAAAAUGAAACAAAGAUCUGCAACAUUGAGUGUGUACUUACUCACUCAAUUGAUUGCCAAAACACGGCAAUUUUCCUUGAAAGACAUCUAUCAGCCAGGAAAACUACUCCAAUUACUUUAUAAGCUUUAUAAUAGUCAAGAAUGUUUAUCUGAGUCGAAGAUGGAGUUUUACAAAUUGACCUAUGUAUUAUUAAGCGAUGUUAUUGAACAUACGCCAAAGAAUUUUGACAUGAAUCUUCUUAAAAGCUUGGCAAUUAAAGCAGGCAUUCUUUUAUACAAAGAUGUAGAAAGCUGUCAAGACGAAGAACGAAAAAAGAAGUUUGCAAACCUCAUGAGCAAACACAUGUCUAAGAUCUUGAGGAGCGUUCAAGUGGACGAUAAACACACUGUGAAGAUUACGCAACACAUUAUAUAUUCUUGUAAAAGUCUGCAAAAUUUUCCUAGAAUGAAAAGCACAUGUGAUACUAGGAUGGCAUUCAGAAUAGCCGAAUAUUUCUUGACAAUCGCAGAGAGCUUCAAUGAGAAGUUGUUGCAGUGGCUGGUAAAAUUCAUAUCAGAAAACGGAUUUCUCAUGUUUUUUCUCCACCAUUUUCAAGCGAGCAGCAGCAACAUCAAAUUGAAAGAAACGUUUUUGAAACUGCUACACAUAUGUGUGAACUUUCUAUCGGGCAAGAACGAGCACGGAGACAAAUUGGCUUUAGUAGUCCACAACGGACUCUCCAAAAUUCCAGCUACUUCAAACUGUGCUCUGGAAUUGGAGAAAUCAAAUUUCUCCAGUACUCAAUUGGCGAUAAUUACUAUCCUAUACUACCAUUAUUCAAAAUGCACUUUUGUUCAAGCAACAACGGCGAUGAUAAAUGAUGAAAUGCGUCCAAAAGAAACUACCCUAUUGAAAAUAUUUGCAUGUAUCACUUGUUCAGACAGUUUCAUUUUGAAAAUGUUGCUAUUUCUCUACGCUAUAUCAUCGAGUGAUAGCAAACUCACAGAAAACGAACGUGUGAAACACAGCGGCUAUAAGAGACUCUUGAAACUGUUGAGCUCAUCGAAGCAAUUGGAAGACCUGUACUCUGACAAUAAAAUUUUCAUCCAGUGGAUAGUUUCCUCUGAGAGCAUGCCGAACAAUUUCAGAGCUUCUGCCAUCACACAAUGGCUUUGUCGGAGAGAGAAUGAUGACAAUUUUUUUCAUUUCAUGAUAGAGCGCAAUCCUAAAGCUUCAGCUUUGCUACUGAGGAUAUUGUGCGCUUGCAAAGAAGAAAAAGUACUUUGCUCUCUUCUCAAAAUACUUGUAGAUUUUCAAAAGAGACAAACUCGUGGAAGCGACAAGAGUCUUGAGAGGAGAAUUUGGAUGAACUUGGAGAAGGUUUUAGAUUACUACCUGGAAAAUCCAAGUAAAGCUAACAAUUUAGCCGUAUAUUUGAAGCUGGCAUCAACAGAAAAUCCGUCCCUGAUGAAGGCUGAUAAGAUGAUGCAAAUUUGCAGGAAGUUGCUCAAAGUGAUUGAAACACAAGUUAAAAAGGUCAACAUAUUGCUCACGGUGGCCCUUUUCAAUUUUAUCAAAAUUUUGAUCAACUUCUUCAUCAAAGAAGGGGAGGAGAGAGGGGCGCUAAUUUUUUUCAAGACCAAAGUGCUGAUCAACUUAUUCGAGGAUUCUCUAUUUCAUAAUGACUUGGAUGUACGUCAUGCAUCUGUAGAACUGAUUAAAUUUAUUUCAAAUAUUCAACGCGAGAACAAUUUCAAGGUCGUCGAAUCAAUGAAUGUUCCAUUGAAAUCCAUUCUGAAGGAAUCAGUAAAAAGCUUACAUCAUAUGUUCAAUUGGGCCAGGCUUUAUAACUCAUGCUAUGAAACAGAAACCCUCAAGCCAAUUGUUGUCAUAGAAAUAAUCCCUGAGGAAAACAGACAGAGGAUGUGUAGCAGUCUGUAUUUGAACUUCCUUAAUAUGAGUUUCAUGAUCCAACCGAAAACGUUUGGCGAAUACUGGUUGUGCAUGGAGAGGUUGCUGGAGGAUGCGGACACAGAGGAAGGCAACCAGAGCUUGCACCUGUGGACAGCGUCGGCUGUGGCCAUACUCAUCAGUCAAUCAGAGACCAGCGCCGAGAUGCUGGCAUUUCUGGUGGCUUGGCUCACUCGGCUGGCUCCCGUUGUGUGGCGGUGGACUCAACUGGCAUUCAUGUAUGCGCCACUCAUCCAUCACAUCCAGGAGGUCGCCACACUUUUGGCCAACAAUACUAUUCAAUCUACCCUAGUCGUCGCAGCUGACUCCAAACACAACAUCACUCAUUACAAGUUGAUUUCGAAAAUGAUAAUCAACCUGAAGAUUGAUCUGCCGCCUGAAACUGAGAAACAGUUGGAAAAACUGAGUAACUGAAUUUCAAUUGUAAUUGAAAUAAUUGAAUACAGUAAUAAUAAUGUAUCCAAUUACAGUAUGUAGUAUCACG